CGACGCUCGGCGUAUAUGAAUACGACAACUUCGACGACGGGCACGACAGACACCGGCAACAAUGGGUCAGCCACGGGCGGCAACGCUGUUAUCACUAAUUGUAUAUUUACAAAGCGUGCUUGCUGAUGACAGCUAAGAUGAAAACCCAGUGCUCGCCAUGCAGCCUGCCUUCGCCAGCUCUCUGCCUGUCCAGAUCCUUCUUAAUGGUAUCCUUGCCCUCACCUGCGUUCUGCUUUUCCACCUGCUCUUUGCAGCACAAUAUCACUAUGCUCUCCAACUUUCUGGAGUGCCUUCACUCUUGAUUUCGUUGAUUGCGACACUGUUUGUAGUGCUAAAUAGUGCAUUUAUGGACACACGGGAAUGGCCAUACAUGAUCAACUAUUUUGGCAAAGGACAUUUGAGUGUGACGGAUUCGCCGACGUGGACGACAGCUAAGUUGGCAGGGUGGUACGCGAUGGACGCAACAACGUCCACACUUGUUCAGAUCACACAUAUCCAGUUCCUGGCACUGCUCUACCCGUCCAGACUCGAACAGCGCCUCGUUCUCUUCCUCUUAGGACCUCUUGCACUGCUGUCAGCAUCUAUGGAGCUCCUUCCCAUUCACCAGAAUCAAACAACAGUCGACGUCGCUGAUACCAUCUGCAACACAUGCAACGCUGCACUUUUGCUCCUCUUCACUGCUGCUUUGUUUCUCUGGGGUUUCGCGAUCAAUCAGAAACAAGCUUGGCGUACGGAUGGUGGGACGGCCGUAUUUGGCGGUGCAGCACUGGCGCUUGCAAUCAUCUCUACUGCUAUAAACUUUCUUUACAUCCCGACAAAGGAUCAGUAUCUCUGGCUGCCAAGCUUGAUUUGGGCUGUAGUGCUAUGGCAGAGCGGUGGAAGAGGCGUGGGCGAGGUCAAGGAGCUCUUGCGAAGGGAGGAAAGGAGAGAGAGGAAGCGUGCAGCGAGGAGGACAGUACAGAAGGAGAAAGCGCAAGCGCUGUGGAGAAAUGCAAGUGAGACGCCGAGGUUUCAUCGAGGAGUAAAUGCAGCGCAUCCAGGAUCUGUUCCUAUUGAAGAAGGCGAAGCAAUUGAGAUGACGGAUCAUUCAAGAGGAGCCAACAUAACCCAAGCUGUGGAAGCAUCGUCUGCGUCAACUACGGCGAGCUCACCGACGACGACGGAGGCUGGGCCGAGUAAUAUACUGUCCCGACUUCGCACAACACCUCCCAUGCUCGCACUCUCGCACUUCUACCACCUUCUACGCAGAGCGCAUCUCGCUGCAGCACAUAGUCAAGCACUCGAACGUAUGCGCUUAAGACGGGCAGUAUAUGGAAACGAGGUGGCUGCUGCUGCAAGAACGUCCGGUACAUCACCAGAAGCUGCAGAUACGGACGUUGUUGGGUGGGGACUUGGAAGCUUUGGAUUGAGAGAGAGGGAGAGGAGGGAGAAUGA